ACAAAACUCUGUUCAUCGCUUACAAGGCAGAGCUGGAAAUCCCUCAGUCAAAACAGAAAACAGCAACGUGCUAGUCGUAUUUCGGAAACAAUGAAAACUCCAGGAAAAUAAGGAAAACAACAAAUGUCGUCUGUGUUAGAUUUGUGUUGGAGCGAGCUGCUCCGUGAGGCAGUUACCUCGAUGUGCCCCAUCGCCAUCAUAGCCUUUAUUUUCGGGAUGGUGUAUUUGAACUUUAUGCAGACGCGAUUAAAACUGGACACCUAUGACGAGAAGGACUACACCAUACAGUUGGAGCCGAUAAGUGGACUCCUUCUGACUAAAGAGCAGCUUGCAGAAUAUAAUUGCAACAAUGGGACUCGCAGAUAUCUGGUUGCAUUGUGGCACGUUAUCUACGAUGUGUCAAAUUUGUUUGAAGACUUUGGUCCGAAGGGAAAGUACGCCAAGUGGUCGGGCCAAGAGCUGACUGAAUUGAUCAAGGCUGAAGCGAUACUCAAAAAGAGGAAUUGUGAAAGAUCCCGAACAGGAAGCUGAAGAGGAAGCCAUUUUCGAUCCCUUCGAGGAGUGCUGGGACCAUUAUUACCAACUAUUAAUUUGAGCUCUCUCUCUCUCUCUCUCAAUCAAUCUCAAUCUCUCGCAGGACCAUCAAGAUCCAGACCAAACUGACACUUAACCUUAUGCUAAUACUAUGAUUGUUGCUUCUUUUAACAUAUGCAUAUGCACUGCAUAGAGCAGCCGAAUUUUGUAUCCCGAUUCCUGUGAUAUCACACUGUAUCAAUUUUGCCACAACCCUACAAUCGGAUCAUUAUUAUAUCCAGAAAGAAAAAAUUUUCAGUGGCUAUAGUAUGCCUUCUUCUCUCUCACACUCUUCCUCGUCCAGUGUGCGCCCCCUGUCGGAAGGGAGCGAGAUAUAACGGCUGGUGUUGGUGUGAAAAGAAGAGAGAUGGACGUAGCGGAAUAUAAAACAAAAUGGGAAGAUAUAAGAUGAUAAACGGAGUGCAAGAAUUAACAUUAAAACAUAACUAGAUUUCGUGGUUCCACUUUGUCCACUCUCUCUAAAUUUUUCACGUAUUAACCAACAAAUCAACUCCUCCAUUUUGCGAACAGAGAUAACGGAACAUAUAAUUGACACCAUUACCAGGCCAAUCUAGCUUUUACCUUUUGCCUGACUUCUUUCCCAUUAUUAUAGGGCAUAGAGGACCCGGUGGAAAUGACGUUCUUGAAAGAUUCUAUUGAUGUAUUGCUUGACAGUUCAGGUUCCAUGAUAUAGAAAUGGGAUACGUUGCUGCUGGCAUUCCAGUCCUAUCCAAUGAGUAAAGGACAUUAUUGCAAUGGCUCAAGCAGUAUUACAAGACAAUCACCACUUGGACGAUAUCAUCUGGAUAGAGAUAUACACAUGUAUGUAUGUACCAAUCCACUUCUGAUUGGUACAUAAUUAUGACACCGUAACAGCAACAUUGUUCCAUAAACGACAAUGCCUCAAAA